UGCGGGUCUGCAGUCUUGGCGCUUGAGACCGCUGCUCAGUUGCAGUGCUUCUGCAGGGCCGACCCUGAGGUUCUAUACAUGUUUUUCAAGGACCUACACCCUGAGGACACCAGCGGGCAUUUUGCAAGAUCAUCUGAAACAGGAAAGCAUCUGAAACCAACUGAAGGAUAACCGAAGCGGCUUGCUUUCACCGUGGAAGGGAACUGUUGGCACGAAGGCGGGUGACUGAAUAAAGUAGUUGGCUCAGAGAAGAUGCAGUGUGCUGUGUUGUCCUCUGAAUGAAGACUGCUUAAUGGAAGCUGUGUUCAUGUGGAGAUCAAAGGGAUUCCUGGAACGAUAAACUACUUUUUUCCUUCCCUUGACGGGAAAACUCGGAAAUAGUAAUUUGAGCUCAAAGUUCUGGAUCCUUUGCAGCCUGCUUGUUCUCUUAGGAUUCUCCACUGUCACCAUUGCUGUGUGGUGCCUGUGCCCUUUUGCUAAAGCUCACAAAACUGCCUGAUGGAAAGAGAAGUGAAAGCUUUGCCUUGCUUGCCUGUGUUGAUGGGAAUAAAGCUAUCUGUGUCUCUUCUGUUACAUGGGAAAUCUGGAUUAAGCAAGCCGUAUUCUAGUACCAAGAGUCCUAUUGUCUUUUGUGAUCUGACUCAUCACAUGUAAAUGUACUGCAGCUUUGCUAUUAAUUCAGAGGGGUUUUUAUUCCCAAACACAGAAAGAAUUGUCAAAUCUCUGGGCUUCAUUUUCAGAAUCUGUGCUGAACUCCAGAUCUCUUUGUUUGUUUCCUAAAUAAUAUUCUGUGUUAAAUCAGUGAAGCUGAAGAAAUGAAGACAAACUAGAAAUGGAAACAGAAUAGUGAGAUUUUGUUUUUUAUUUCCACCUGUAAGCAAGUGAACCUCCUGGUAACUGACCUUGCAGGCAGGAGUGCGUGUGGCUGUGACCAUCUCUUUGCACAGCAGUUGUUUCUGAGUUCAUUCUUUAUCGUGUGGUGGUGUGGCACCCAAAACAAUGAUCGUUUUGUGCAAGUAAAUUUGAGAGCACAACAAAACUGUUGGUAAAGGAAAAGUAUUUUUAAAUAAGCUUGUUCUGGACUCAGUUUUAAUUAUUGACACAUUGAGUCAAACUUCUAAAAAAUAUAUAUUGCAGUAACAUAGCACAAAAGAAUAGAAUUUUGUUUUUAGGAAGCUACAAGUAUAUCAUAAUUUUGUAACUUUAGUUUCUCUGAUAAUAUUUGAUAACUUGAUAAAACCAGCUGUGCUGUUCAGAGAAUGUUUUUAAGUGUUGUGCAGAAGAGGAGGAAAAACGACUUGUGCUCUUCCAACUGUGACUUUUACCACGUAGCUUGGGAUUUAAUGCUUUAAAAGAGCGAAUGAGUCGAGUGUGUAUUGUUGUUUUGGAGGAGGUAGAAGAUGAUUCUCCUACAUUCAUUUCUAACUUGCCACAGGAAAAUAAGUCCCUACAUUCUCCACCUUCUGGAAAUGUAUUGCCAUCAUUGGUGCAAGCUAUAUUUAAUGGAGAUCCUGAUGAAGUUCGAGCACUAAUAUUUAAGAAGGAAGAUGUUAACUUUCAGGACAAUGAAAAGAGAACCCCCUUACAUGCUGCUGCCUAUCUUGGAGAUGCAGAAAUUAUUGAACUGCUUAUUUUAUCUGGAGCUAGAGUUAAUGCCAAAGACAGCAAAUGGUUGACACCUUUACACAGAGCAGUUGCAUCUUGUAGUGAGGAAGCAGUUCAGAUACUUUUGAAGCAUUCUGCAGAUGUUAAUGCUCGAGAUAAAAACUGGCAAACUCCUCUCCACAUUGCUGCUGCUAAUAAAGCCGUGAAGUGUGCUGAAGCUUUGGUGCCUCUCCUGAGUAAUGUGAAUGUGUCUGACCGUGCGGGGAGAACAGCAUUACAUCAUGCUGCUUUCAGUGGACAUGCUGAGAUGAUCAAGCUACUCUUAUCCAGAGGUGCCAAUAUUAAUGCUUUUGACAAAAAAGAUCGACGUGCCAUUCAUUGGGCAGCAUAUAUGGGUCACACGGAAGUAGUGAAACUGCUUGUGACCCAUGGAGCUGAAGUGGCAUGCAAGGAUAAAAAGUCUUACACUCCUCUUCAUGCAGCAGCCUCAAGUGGGAUGAUCAGUGCAGUCAAGUACCUUCUAGAUCUUGGAGUUGAUAUGAAUGAACCCAAUGCCUAUGGAAACACACCUCUUCAUGUGGCCUGUUACAAUGGACAAGAUGUUGUUGUGAACGAGCUCAUAGACUGUGGUGCUAACGUGAAUCAGAAGAAUGAGAAAGGAUUCACACCUUUGCACUUUGCUGCUGCAUCCACACAUGGAGCCCUGUGUUUAGAGCUUCUAGUCAGUAAUGGGGCUGACGUCAACAUGAAGAGCAAAGAUGGGAAGACCCCACUGCAUAUGACUGCACUCCAUGGUAGAUUCUCCAGAUCACAAACCAUUAUCCAGAGUGGAGCUGUGAUUGACUGUGAGGAUAAAAAUGGAAACACCCCUUUGCACAUAGCAGCGCGGUAUGGCCAUGAGCUACUAAUCAACACUCUAAUUUCAAGUGGUGCUGACACUGCAAAGCGUGGCAUACAUGGAAUGUUUCCCCUCCACUUGGCAGCCUUAAGUGGUUUUUCAGAUUGCUGUAGGAAACUUCUUUCAUCAGGAUUUGAUAUAGACACCCCUGAUGAUUUUGGCAGGACCUGUCUACAUGCAGCUGCAGCUGGAGGGAAUUUGGAGUGCCUGAACCUUCUGUUGAAUACUGGUGCAGACUUCAACAAAAAAGACAAGUUUGGGAGAUCUCCACUGCAUUAUGCUGCUGCCAACUGCAAUUACCAGUGCCUGUUUGCUCUUGUGGGAUCAGGAGCAAGUGUGAACGACCUUGAUGAAAGAGGCUGCACACCCCUGCACUACGCAGCUACAUCAGACACAGAUGGCAAGUGCCUGGAAUACUUACUGAGAAAUGAUGCAAAUCCAGGUAUCCGGGACAAACAAGGAUACAACGCAGUACAUUAUUCAGCUGCAUAUGGCCACCGUCUAUGUCUUCAGCUGAUUGCAAGUGAAACUCCUUUAGAUGUUUUAAUGGAAACCUCGGGGACAGAUAUGCUGAAUGACUCAGACAAUAGAGUAACAAUAAGCCCUUUACACUUGGCUGCCUAUCACGGUCACCAUCAAGCACUGGAAGUGUUGGUACAGUCUUUGUUAGAUCUUGACGUAAGAAACAGUAGUGGAAGAACACCCUUAGAUCUUGCCGCAUUUAAAGGCCAUGUUGAAUGUGUGGAUGUACUUAUUAAUCAGGGAGCCUCCAUAUUGGUGAAAGAUUACAUUUUGAAGAGAACACCUAUCCAUGCUGCAGCAACAAAUGGUCAUUCAGAAUGCUUACGACUACUAAUAGGAAAUGCAGAACCACAGAAUGCAGUAGAUAUCCAAGAUGGAAAUGGACAGACACCUCUUAUGCUGUCUGUCCUCAAUGGGCACACGGACUGUGUGUACUCUCUACUGAACAAAGGAGCAAAUGUAGAUGCCAAAGAUAGGUGGGGAAGGACAGCGUUGCACAGAGGGGCAGUUACAGGCCAUGAAGAAUGUGUGGAUGCAUUACUUCAACACGGUGCUAAGUGCUUACUGCGAGACAGCAGGGGUCGGACACCUAUACACUUGUCAGCUGCCUGUGGGCAUAUCGGAGUUCUUGGAGCCCUUCUGCAGUCAGCAGCAUCUAUGGAUGCAAAUCCAGCCAUAGCAGACAAUCAUGGAUAUACAGCACUUCACUGGGCUUGCUACAAUGGUCAUGAAACAUGUGUAGAACUUCUUUUAGAACAGGAAGUUUUCCAGAAAACAGACGGAAAUGCUUUCAGCCCACUGCAUUGCGCUGUGAUCAAUGACAAUGAAGGUGCUGCUGAGAUGCUCAUUGACACAUUAGGUGCUGGUGUAGUGAAUGCUACAGAUUCAAAAGGAAGAACUCCCCUCCAUGCCGCUGCCUUCACAGAUCAUGUAGAGUGCUUACAGCUGCUACUCAGCCACAAUGCUCAAGUCAAUUCUGUGGACUCUUCAGGAAAAACACCUCUAAUGAUGGCCGCAGAAAAUGGACAAACAAAUACAGUUGAGAUGCUGGUCAGCAGUGCUAGCGCAGAUCUGACUUUACAAGACAGCAGUAAAAACACCGCACUUCACUUGGCUUGUGGCAAGGGUCAUGAAAAUAGUGCCUUGUUAAUAUUGGAAAAGAUAACAGAUAGAAACCUCAUCAAUGCAACCAACGCAGCCUUGCAAACACCUCUGCAUGUUGCUGCCCGAAAUGGGCUAACAAUGGUCGUUCAAGAACUCUUGGGAAAAGGAGCAAGUGUUCUUGCAGUAGAUGAAAAUGGCUAUACCCCAGCUCUGGCCUGUGCUCCCAAUAAAGAUGUGGCUGACUGCCUGGCUCUCAUUUUGGCUAUCAUGAUGCCUGUCUCGUCAACUAGUCCUUUAUCAUCCUUGACAUUCAAUGCUGUUAGCCGUUAUACCAACACCUCAAAAACUGUCAGCUUUGAAGCCUUGCCUAUCAUGAGGAAUGAACCUAGCUCCUAUUGCAGCUUCAACAAUGUUGGUGGGGAACAAGAGUACUUAUACACCGAUGUGGAUGAGCUCAAUGACUCUGAUUCGGAGACCUACUAAGAGGUGAAGCCAGAGGCCUGAGGAAGGGGUUCUGUCAUGGAAGCAUCAAACUGCUUUUCCAGCCUUCAGGGGGAAAGCACUUAAUUGUUCACAUGCAGAUCAACCCUGAGGAAAGACUUCACAGAGAAGGAAUGUAAGAAAUGUGAUGACAUUGAGAAGAAGAAUCUUAAAGGCAAGUUUUGCAAAAGGAACUCCUAGAAUCUUGAUAAUGACUUGACCAGAGGAAAACACUGAUGUCAGAUUGCUUUGUGAAAUUGUUUAAUUCGGCUUUGCAGUGCCAGAAAUUGGGACACUGUGCUCCCUAACCUUCUUACACAAGCAACACUAUUGUAAAAGAAGAGAUAAGGACAUGCAGAUUUAAAUUUUAUCAAGAAAAUGACAGCUAAAUUUAAAGGCAAUAAAAAUUUGGUACAGUCGGCAUUAUGUACACACCAAAUUGCCAAAGGACCAAAUGAUUUAAAGAUUUUUUUUACUGCAAUGCCAUUUUGUGGAAACUGGAGUAGGUGAAAUGAGACAUUACCUAAACCAAACUUCCAUGUUUCUGAAAAUGAAGCCGAAGUUUAAAUGUUGAUUUUUUAAAAAAAAAAAAAUACAAACAUCUGAAAGCCUUCCAAUACUGUAUUAAACCAUGAAAGAAAGCAGAUGUAUUUUUACAUUUUUUUCUUUUACAUAAAAAUUUUAAAAUUCCAGUUUUUAUAGUAGAAUUGAAAACCAGCUGACUGAGUGCAAUAUGGGUGAAAAUACUGUGAACCAGAUAUGAUGUAGAUUGGGGGCAAGGCUUUUGCCCAUUAUUCAGUAGUUUGGGUUUAAACUUAAACUUUUUAUUUAAAAAGGUAAAGAAUUUCCUAGGGAAAAAAAAUUCAUUAAGUCAAAAAUAGAUGAUUUCACCCUAUUGCAGCUAACUGGUCCUGGGGAAUGGAUGGAGUGUCACCUCUGCUUUGGAUAUGGUACACCUUUGUCACUUAGGGGCCUUUUGUGCCUUCACAGUGGGUGGGGUUGUAGGAUUUUUGUUAUUUAUUUUAAACAUUGAGUUUUGAAAAGUAAAGAAUCAAAAAAAAAAACCCUUGUUACUUGAAAGUAAACAUGAUAUCAAGUCUUUUGGAAGGACAAAGUAACAUACUAAAGGCUUUAGUUCCUAUACAGAUGUAGGGUAGCAUGUACGUAACUUGUUACCACUUGGAGAGAGGUUGCCUGCAAAAGACUACCUUUCCAGUGGUAGAGAGAAAAAGCUGACAUUUAGGCUUUUAAAUCACAUUUUAUCUGCUUCUGCUUUCACUGUAACUGUCACUAUCCCAAUAAAAAUUAUUUCACAUGUGGGGGAGACCUGUAGAUCUGGGUAAAGUUCCAUGAAUCACAACAAAAUGAUACCCAAUUUCAUUUUAUUCUUUUUGUAUUGUGAAACUGGAAAGUUUAUGACAUUGUAAAUUCUCAGCUGGAUUUUUCUGAAUAUAAAGUGUGGAAACACAGAACAGUAUUUUGAUCUAUUUGAUAAUUUUGUGGGUUUUUUGAAGAAUUAAUGAGCAUGUACAUAGAAAUAGUGACUGCUUGAAUACUGUAUUUACUUGCACUCUUUCAGUACAUCAAGAUUCCUGUAUAUUUUAGAAUAUAAUAAAACACAGAUGUGAGUUGUAUUUAAUGAAUAAUGUAUUUGUAUCUGUGCAUAUUACCUAAAAAAAAAAAUCUAUAAAGUUUCUAGGGCAUUGACUACUAGAUUUUAAGGAUUUUUUCUAAAAUAUUUACAAAAAUUAUAAAUAUAAUCUCCAUCUUUUCUUUAUAAUAUAAAGAAGUCAUAAUGAACCCUUCCUAAUUAUUAGUGGUAGGAAGGUAAAUAUGCAUUUUAAAGACAGUAGACUACAUUUUCUAUUGUACCUUUAAAAAAAAAAAAAACCUCAAGAG